AUGAUGGCGUCAAGAAAAGAAAACAAGAGAUAUCCAAGGAUUUCUGCGCGAGAUAGAGCAGAUUCCGUCGUUGUUGUUGUUUGUCUUCAUGCUUUCGAGUCUCUCUUCGAGUCUCCGUUCUCGUUCUCCUUCUGUUCGGAAGAUGAGAGCAUCCCCCCUUUUUUUUGCGAUCCUCCCCAAAUCCUCUUACUCCUUUCUCGUUUUGUCAUGAUCUUUGGGUCCCGUUUCUCUCCUCGGUCGUCUUCCAUAUCGAUUUUGUUGGUCUGCGCCGCCCACGAGAAGGCUUCUGGGGACACCCAGGUGACAGAGUUCUUUGCGAACCCGGCGUCAAGAUGA